CCCUACGUGCGCGUCCAUCUAACCCCACGCUCCCGUGCGUGCCCGGCAGCCCGAGCUACGGUUUCCGGGACCCGCGGGACCCCGACCUGACGUAGCCUGAGGCGCGCGCCCGCCCGGCGGACAUCCAAGGGUUGGUGAGCGCGAGCCUGGGGCCCGCGGGGCCUCGGAGGGCCCGGCCUGGUGCCGAGAGGCCCGAGCGGCCUUGAGCACCCUCCAGCUUGCAUGGAAUAUUUUCCAAGAUGGCGGAUUAGGAGAGACAGAGCAAAAUUCUCCUCCAUGAAGAACACUAAAGGACAGAAAGUGCUCCAGAACAGCAGUUCCCAGGUCCCACUGCUUGAGUAGGGACUUCUGCACACAUAGUCUGCAUAUUAUUGGACUAUUUCUUUGAAACGCAUUCCUCAUUCCUGCCUGGAUUCGAAGCAGGAGUUCACAUCGAGCAACCCACAAAACUUGAACAUGAGCAGCCGGCGGAAACGUGCUCCUCCGGUGAGGGUGGACGAAGAAAGGCAGCGGCAGCUCUGCUGGAACAUGCAUGAGGACAGGAGGAACGAGCCCCUGCUCCCAGAGGAGGACGAGCAGCUGUGCCCGGGCCCAGAGCUCUGUGCUGCACAUGGUGCCGUCCUUGCGGACGUGGGGGACGUGGCCCACAGAGAUAAGAAGCAGUGUUCAGAGGCGGUCAGCGUCUCAGAGUCCUCCCGGAAAGAGGAGACCGCGGGGAUUCGCUCCCCGUCAUUUGUGAAGCUGGAAAUUGAGAUUUCUCCCUAUCACCUCGACAACUCUUGGAAAGCACUUCUAGGAGAGUUGACUCUUCAGCUUUUUCCUGAACAGGGGUUAGUUGAACAUUUGUCUGGCAGGAGUUUGACCUUGGUGAGUUCAGAGGCCAGCAGUCAGUUGCUGGUCUGUGUUCAUUCAGACUGUGGAGAUGUGGAGAAACCAGGGAGAGGACUGCAAGCACCUGCCAGUGCUGGUGGCAGGAGUCUGCAGGUGGAGUCAUCCUUCAGUGCAGAUCUGCUAGAAGAUUUGGGGUGGCUGCAGAAGAAGAGAAGAAUAAAACUUUACCAAAGGCCAGAAGGAGGCCGCGUUAUCAAGGUUGGAAUUUAUCUUUUGGAAGCUGGCCUAGCUAAGCUAGACUAUUUGAGUGAUGCAAACUCAAGAAUGAAAAAGUUCAAUCAACUCAUGAAGAGAGUGAUGGAAAAGUUAUACAAUUUUAUUCCAGAUGCCUUCGAAGAGGGUGAGGAAGGUGCGGAGAGCGAGCCGGAGGGGCAGGACAUCGAUGAGCUCUACUGUUUUGUGAAGCAAGCACAUGAGCAAGAAGCCCGCCCCGUGCAUGUGGAUGUCCAGCACCCCGCGCUGAUCCCUGUGUUGAGACCCUACCAGAGAGAGGCAGUCACCUGGAUGCUGCAGCAGGAGCGUUUCAGAGGCACCCCUGCCAGCGAAAAUGCCCUGCACUUCUUAUGGCGAGAAAUUUUAACAUGUGAGGGCUUGAAACUCUACUAUAAUCCAUACACAGGCUGCUUCGUCCGUGAGCACCCAUGGGCCGGGCCCCCGUUGCUGGGCGGGAUCUUGGCAGACGAGAUGGGCCUGGGGAAGACGGUGGAGGUGUUGGCUCUGAUCUUGACACACACCCGGCAGGACAUCAGGCAGAACACCCCGGCCCUCCCCGAGGGAAAAGCAGUGAACUAUUUCAUUCCAUCUCAUUAUGCUGAAGGAAAAGUGAAAAACACAGAAACCAGGAAUAUGGAAUUUGAACCAAAAGAAAAAGUUCAGUGUCCCCCCACGCGUGUGAUGAUCCUGACAGCUGUGAAGGAAAUGACCGGGAAAAGGGGCGUCUCCAUCUUCUCCAUCUACAAGUAUGUCCGUGCUGUGUUUGGGUGCGACGUUCGCAGAAACAGGGGCCUCCUGAAGCGAGUGCUGAAGUGCUUACUCCUCCAUGGCCUCCUGCGACAGGUCAAGGGCCACGGUUUCAGUGGGACUUUUGCACUUGGGAAGAAUUACAAGGAAGAGGAUAUAUAUGAUAGAACGAAAAAGCAGGUAGUAGGGAGUCCAAGGAAAAUUCAGAAAGAAUCCAGAAAAUCAGGGAACAAGGACACAGAUUCUGAAUACUUGCCAUCGAACACCUCCGAUGAAGACGAUAAUCCUUAUUAUUAUUAUGAUAAAGUCAGGAGAAAUCGUAGUAAACUGAGGAAAAAGCCUGUUCCACUCACAAAACAAGGGGAUAGUGAGCUGAAUGUCCAUCCUGCUGCACAAAGCCACUGUCUGCCUGCCAGCGACUCUGGGGACACGGACAUUGCUGCAUCCAGAAGCAGCUGUGUGUCUGUAGCUAAGCAGGAGCCCGGAGCUGGGGCCGAUGUGCCACCUGCUCCUGUCAAGAGCCCCUUUGAGUCCCCAGGCUACCACUUCGAGUGCAUAUGUGGUGAGCUGGACCAGGAGGACUGCAAGCCGCGCGUCCAGUGCCUGAAGUGCCAGCUGUGGCAGCACGCAGCCUGUGUGAACUAUGAGGCGGAGCACCGGGAGGUCACGCCCUUCUACUGCCCGCACUGCCUCGUGGCGAUGGAGCCGGUGUCCACGGGGGCAACCCUCAUCAUCUCGCCCAGCUCCAUCUGCCACCAGUGGGUGGAGGAGAUCAGCAGGCACGUGCAGGCCUCCUCACUGCGCGUCCUGGUAUAUCAAGGAGUGAAGAAAGAUGGCUUCUUGCAGCCUCACUUUCUGGCAGAACAGGAUAUAGUUAUCAUCACCUACGAUGUCCUUCGUUCAGAACUGAACUACGUGGACAUCCCACACAGCAGCAGUGAGGACGGGCGUCGCCUGCGGAACCAGAAGCGCUACAUGGCCAUCCCCAGCCCCCUGGUCGCUGUGGAGUGGUGGCGCAUCUGCCUGGAUGAGGCUCAGAUGGUCGAGUGUCCUGCUGUAAAGGCUGCGGAGAUGGCCCAGCGGCUGAGUGGGAUCAACCGGUGGUGUGUCAGCGGCACGCCAGUACAGAGAGGCCUGGAAGACCUCUUCGGGCUGGUGGUCUUCCUCGGCGUGGAGCCGUUCUGCGUCCGACACUGGUGGACCCGGCUUCUCUACCGCCCAUACUGCAGGAGGAACCCACAGCCACUCUACAGCUUCAUUGCCAAGAUCCUGUGGCGCUCUGCCAAGAAGGAUGUCAUCGACCAAAUCCAGAUCCCACCGCAGACAGAGGAGAUGCACCGGCUGCACUUCUCCCCGGUGGAGCGGCACUUCUACCACCGCCAGCAUGAGGCGUGCUGCCGGGACGCCGUGGCCAAGCUCAGGAGGAUCGCCGACUGGGCACUACGGCUCAGCAGCCUGGACCGCCGGACUGUGAGCUCCAUCCUGUACCCCCUGCUCCGGCUCCGACAGGCCUGCUGCCACCCGCAGGCCGUGCGCGGGGAGUUCCUGCCACUGCAGAAGAGCACCAUGACGAUGGAGGAGCUGCUGACAUCCCUGCAGAAGAAGUGCGGGACGGAGUGCGAGGAGGCGCACCGGCAGCUCGUCUGCGCCCUCAACGGCCUGGCUGGCAUCCACAUCAUUCAAGGUGAGUUCGCCUCGGCAGCGGACCUGUACAGAGAAGUGCUGCGCUCGUCGGAGGAGCACAGGGGGAAGCUCAAGACGGAUUCGCUGCAGAGGCUCCAUGCCACCCACAACCUGAUGGAGCUGCUGGCCGCCGGGCACCCUGGGAUCCCACCCACCUUGAGAGACAGCAGGCUGGAGGAAGAGGCCCAGCAGCUACGAGAGCAUUACAUGAGCAAGUGCAACGCGGAAGUGGCCGAGGCCCAGCAGGCCCUGCAGCUGGUGCAGCAGGCUGUGCGCGAGCUCCAGAGGAAGGUUCGUGCUAAUUCUCCUUGGUGGCUGAAUGUGAUCCACAGAGCAAUUGAAUUUGCUAUUGAAGAGGAGCUUGCCCAGCGAGUGCGAAAUGAAAUAACCAGCAACUACAAGCAGCAAACUGGCACGCUUUCCAUGUCAGAGAAGUUCCAUGACUGCCGAGGUCUCCAGUUCCUGCUGACAACCCAGAUGGAAGAGCUCUCUAGGUUCCAGAAGCUCGUGAGAGAGGCCGUGAAAAGCCUGGAAGGUCCCCCGUCACGCAGCGUCAUCGAGUCUGCCACAGUCUGCCACCUCCGGCCGGCCAGACUGCCCCUCAACUGCUGUGCCUUUUGUAAAGCUGAUGAAUUGUUCACAGAAUAUGAGUCAAAGCUCUUUUCUCACACGGUCAAGGGUCAGACGGCGAUAUUCGAGGAGAUGAUCGAGGACGAGGAGGGGCUGGUGGAUGACCGGCUGCCCACCACCAGCCGGGGCCUUUGGGCCGCCAGCGAGACGGAGCGCUCGCUGAAAGCCGUGCUGGCCUUCGCAAGGUCGCACCGGCUCGAUGCCGAGCUCAUCGAGGAAGGGAGCGCGUCAAUGGACCUGUUUGAGGUGUGGAAGAAGGAAUAUAAGCUGCUGCACGAGUACUGGAUGGCGCUCCGCAACCGCGUGUCCGCCGUGGACGAGCUCGCCAUGGCCACCGAGCGCCUGCGGCUGCGCCACCCCCGGGAGCCCCGGCCCAGCCCCCCAGGCCCCCACAUCAUCGAGCCGCACGAGGUAGAACAAAACCGUAUAAAACUACUAAAUGAUAAAGCCGUUGCAACGUCGCAGCUUCAGAAAAAACUUGGGCAGCUUCUUUACCUAACUAACUUGGAGAAGUCUCAAGACAAAACGUCAGGAGGUAUUAAUCCAGAACCUUGUCCAAUCUGUGCUCGGCAGCUGGGAAAGCAGUGGGCGGUGCUGACCUGCGGGCACUGCUUCUGCAACGAGUGCGUCUCCAUCAUGAUCGAGCAGUACAGCGUCGGCUCCCACCGCAGCGCCAUCAGGUGCGCCAUCUGCCGCCAGACCACGCCCCACAAGGACAUCUCCUACGUGUUUACCUCCGAGGUGGCGAGCUGUGCCACGGACCUGCCUGUGAAGGGCAGCCAUUCUACAAAAGUGGAAGCCGUAGUCAGAACUCUGAUGAAAAUCCAGCUUAGAGACCCAGGGGCCAAAGCUCUCGUGUUCUCAACGUGGCAAGAUGUAUUGGACAUUAUUUCGAAAGCCCUCUCAGACAACAACAUGGAAUUUGCACAAAUCAGUCGUGUUAAGACAUUUCAGGAGAACCUUUCAGCAUUUAAACAUGAUCCCAAAGUCAACAUUUUGCUGCUGCCCCUGCACACAGGUUCUAAUGGGCUGACCCUCAUCGAAGCCACCCACGUGCUCCUGGUGGAGCCCAUCCUGAACCCCGCCCGUGAGCUCCAGGCCAUUGGCAGGGUGCACCGCAUCGGGCAGACCAAACCGACCAUCGUACACAGAUUUUUAAUUAAAGCCACAAUAGAAGAACGAAUGCAGGCCAUGCUGAAGACUGUGGAGAGGAGCCACACGAGCCCCUCAGGGAAGCACUCGGAGGCCUCCACCUUGACCGUGGCGGACCUGGCCGAUCUGUUCACCACGGAGACGGAGGAGCUCGAGUGAAGCCUUCGCACCGGGUCCAGCCUCGGGCGAGCGCAGCCGUCAGCUGCCGGAGCCGCAGGGCAGUGUAGACAGAGGGGUCCAGUGGGUGUCCGUAAGCGCCGGGCCUACGAGGAUGACUUUGUUUCUUCUUUGGUUGUACAGUGUCCUAUGAGUUAAGAAUCCUUUUCAGUAUUCCAUUUCCAAAGGAUCUGUAAAGAUUUUUAAUUUUACACUUCUAAUAAAACAUUUAUUUUUAUUCCAAA